AUGGAGGGCUAUGAUUGGGUCAAGCUACGGAGCGAAGUCCGUGAAAUUCGCGAGAACACUGUGAAUCCCCGCUCACGAACUACAUACUUGAACUCCUACAGUCGAUUCCUUGCGUGGGCUGCGUUCAACAGACAGUCCUACGUGUCAGGUGGGUUCAUCGAUACGAUCGGCCACGUGGAAGACUAUACAGAACAGCAACUUUGCGCUCAUGUGAAGCAGAAGCUUGCCCAAGAUCGCACUAUACCACCGGUGGACUUCGAUAAACUCCAGGCACAAGAUUUUGUCACUUGGUUGGUGACACUAAAACGCAGAGAUGGUGGACCUCUGAGCUACUCAGCCCUCAAUACACAUAGGACAGCAUUGUUCAAUCUAUACCGGGAUUUUGGAUUUACUAUGGCUAAAACGCUGGAGUCGGAGCUGGCGAACCACUUCAAAGGACUAAAAAAAAGCUAG